GUGAAUGCUUAGUAAACAAAUGGAGUCAGCUGUGCUUUUAGUGCAUUUUAUUUUUUGUUUUCCGUUCGGUUUUCGUUUCGUCCUCGAAUCCCCCUCAGUUUCAUUCAUUUCGUUUCGCUCUUCGCUCGUUGCAAACGCGCGUGGUCUCGAAGAUGUUGCUGACAAUGAGGCGACAGAAUGAAGUGAUAAGCAGCCAGCAGCAUUCAACGACGACAGCCCCAGCCACGCCCUCGCCGCCCACGGCUAGUCAGUCGGCCACCCCCGGCUUGAGCCUGGUGCCCACUAGUCCAGUCGCAGCACAGGACUCCCUGAACACGCCCACGACGCCCCUCAUCCGCAAUCCGCUUCAGUCCUUUGCUGCACCACCCGCACCGCCGCCCAUUGCAGUGCCCGCCUCGGCGCCCGCCUUCGGCUACUACAACAGCACCACCAGCUCAGUUGCGGCCAGCGUGCCCGCGCCCAGUUACCUGCACCACGCGCCGACUCCUGCUGGCAAGGACUCUGCUGGCCACUCGGUGGAGCUUGACGAGUACGUGGAUAUUCUGCAAGUGCAACAGUUGCUGCUAGACUCGUCCGCGGCUGCAGCAGCGGCUGCCCACCCACUCCCCGACAACCACCACCACCACCACCACCAGCAGCAGCAGCAGCAAUUGCACGAGCACCAGCAGCAGCACCAGCAGCAGCAACUGAACCAGCAGCAACUCGCCAAGCCGCGACCGCGCAUCAAUUUGCAGAAGGCAUCGGAAUAUGCCGCUCAAUUAGCGCAGGCUGAGACAUCCUCGCCUGCCUCGCGUCGCGUUCUCCUCGACUAUCCGAGCCCCUACUUAUACGGCAAUCACUAUCACCACACGCCGCCAAGCGAGGACCUCGUGGCCCUUUGGUUUGGUAGCAAUGGAACAGGCGGCGUAGCCCCUGGAACUCCAUCAGCGGCCAUGAUCAUGGAAGGGCUUGAAACCCUGGUGGCGCCCACGCAUCACGCAUUCCUGCUCACAGAAACGGCCGCCGCGGCCCACUUCAAUGUGCUGAGCUUUGACACGUGCCUGUUCAAGACCAGCACGGCGCAGAGCGGCAGCCCCUCGGCUGCCAGUUACCUGGGCGCCGCGCAGUUUGGCGCGGCCAGCAGCUCGUCGACGGCUGCCAGCAGCAGCAGUGGCCAGACGCUGCUGCACUACACGACAGCGGUCAGUCAUAGUCACAGCAACAAUAGCAACAGCAACAGCAACAACAGCAACAACAACAACUCGGUGCUGCGCGCACGCAAUCAAACAGCCACGCCCACACAGGGCGGCAGUCCAGGCAACGUGGCUGCCCAGCCAAGUGCAGGCAGCGCAGCAGCCGCAAGCAGCGGCCGCAGCUCCGCCUCACACCUCAGCCUGCUGAACACCAGCCAGCAGAGUCCCGUCACGGCCAGCGAGCACGGCGUGGCCGUGGAGGCCAAACAGCUCAUCGAGGCUCUGCCCGGCGAUCUCAAUACGCCGGUGACCACGUCGAGCGACAUUCCGUCGUUCUUUGGCCCAUCCACAGUGGUCGAACCACCGCCAAUAACCGGCUCGAUUGCUUCCGAGGAUCUGUCGCUGGAGCCGCAGGUGGUGUCCGCAGCCAGCCCCGUGUUGUCUUCCUGCAGCCCGCUGAAGGAGGAGCGCAGCACGCCGCCCGCGCUCUCCAUUGUCAAGGAAGAAUCAAGUAAUAAUAGCUGUAACAUGUACCCACUACACAACAACAACCACAACAGCCACCACACAUCUGCAACAACAACAUCAACAACAGCAACAACAACAACCGACACAGCAACAGCCAAGCAAACGGCGAGCGAUGUCAGCAACACUGAAAGCGUUCGCUCGCCCGCAGCAGCAGCCACAGCUGCGGCUGGCAGUAGCAGCAGCAGCAACAGCAACAGCAACACACACUCACAACAACAGCAGCAGCAACAGCUGCAGCACAACAACAACAACAAUAGCCACUGUCAACACAGUCACCAACAACAACAGCAACAUCAGCAGCAUAUGAGCUCGCCACAACACCAACAACAAUACCAACUACAACAACAACACCAAAUACUACACCAACAACAACAGCAACAAUUGCCACACCAUCAUCAUCAUCAUCAUCACCAUCACCACAAUCAUCAUCAACACCAACAACAGCAACAGCAACACCAGCAACACCAACAGCAGCAACACCAACAACAGCAACACUACCAACAGCAGCAUGCACUACAACAACAACAACAACAACAACUGCCUGGCAAAAUCUCAUACCGUGCCGUUUUCACCACGACAGGUAACACCAACAACAACAGCAUGAGCGCGGCCCAGCAGCUACAGCACCAGCAGCAGCAGCAACAGCAACACCAGCAGCAGCAGCAACAACACCAACAGCAAUCCCCACAGCUGAGCGUGAUGCCCGGGCAGAUGUCGCCGCCGUCGAACAGCUUGGGCAACAGCUGGGGCCUGCCCAGUCCGGACAAGUCGCUCUUCCAGCCACCCAUGUUCAGUCUGCCCGCCCACUACGCCCUGCAGCAGCAACAGCAGCAACAGCAGCAGCACCAGCAGCAACAGGCAGGCGCUGCCACGCCUUCGCCCUACGACGACGGACGCGCUGCCGUGACUGCGGCUCAGCACGCCGAGCUGUUGGGUCUCAGCAUGGACUGCACGCCCCUGAAGCAGGCCUCGAUCUACACGGGCGGCACCGUCUCAACCGCCAACUUUGCGGGCCUCGCCGAGCUGCACAGCAGCCACGAGCAGCUGCAGCAGCAGCAGCAGCAGUACGCCGUUCGCUCCCAGCUGUCCGUGAGCACGCCCAAGUACCAGUGGCUGGACACACCCGCUGACUACGUGGCGGCCGCUGCAGUUGUCCAGCAGCAGCAACAGCAGCAGCAGCAACAGCAGCAGCAGCAGACCCUGGUGCUACCUGGACCCACGUCCUCGGCUAGCUCGAGCAACGCAGCGCUCGGCGUGCUCAUACCCAAGCAGGAGGCCUACACGGACAUGCAGCCCAGCUCGAACGGCACGGGCUACUCCAGCGCCUCGGCUGCUGCGGCUGCGGCAGCCGCUGCCGCCGUCCAGCUGGCCGAGUACAGUCCGUCCACCAGCAAGGGCCACGAGAUACUGUCACAAGUCUACCAGCAGAGCAGCGUGCCGCUGAAGCUGGUGCCCGUCAAGCCCCGCAAGUACCCCAACCGGCCCAGCAAGACGCCCGUGCAUGAGCGGCCGUACGCGUGCCCCGUGGAGAACUGCGACAGGCGCUUCUCGCGCUCGGACGAGCUCACCCGCCACAUCCGCAUACACACGGGACAGAAGCCAUUCCAGUGCCGCAUCUGCAUGCGCAGCUUCAGCCGAAGCGACCACCUGACCACCCACAUCCGCACCCACACCGGCGAGAAGCCCUUCAGCUGCGACAUCUGUGGCCGCAAGUUCGCCCGCUCCGACGAGAAGAAGCGACACGCCAAGGUGCACCUGAAGCAGCGCAUCAAGAAGGAGUCCAAGCUGAGUCGCGAGCAACACCAGCAGCAGCAGCAGCAGCAACAGCAACAGCAGGCAGCAGCUGCCGCAGCAGCAGCCGCCCAGCAGCAGCAACUGCAGCAGCAGCAACACCACCAGCAGCAGCAGUACCAGCACCACCACCUGCUGCACGCCGCCGAUCUGGCCAACGUGGCUUCCAGUGCGACCAGCAUGUAGGCCACAGAGAACUCAACGUCUUCGAUUGAUUUCAACAGCAGGCGCCGCCGGCCGACGGACUACGAGGAGCUGGGCAUCGAUCUCAGCCUGGCCAUAGACAUCGACGAGAGUCCCGAGUCCUUCGAGCUCGCCCUGACGUCCGACUACGAGACGCUGUCGCCGCUGACCAGCUCGCUGGACUUGAACUAUGUGGUGGCUAGCCAGGACUCCUGCAGCCAAGGCCUUUAAGCUCCAACUAGAUACAAUAAGAGUUCAAUAUAUUUCGACUACCAAUCUCAAGCAGGAAUCAAUCGCUGAUGCUGAAUUUAAGCAACAAAAACUAAAAAA